AUGAUAGAUACCGAGGUACCCAAAAAGCCACAAACACAACCUAAAUCUGAAAAAUUCGCAUUUCCUAAUUGCAAGAACUCAGUAAGCCUUACCCUCUUAGAUGAACUUCAAAGUAUAAUCCCUGUAAUAGAACUUGUCAGUGUUAAGAGUAGAUCCUCGCUCUUAGUAUUUCAGAAAAAUGAGUAUACUGAUAAGGAGCUGUUCGCGCUUGCUGCGCGAUCGCGUGAUCGGCAGGCCAUUCGAGAAUUCCAAGCGGCCAUUUGCUGUCAUGGUUUAACAGAGAAUGGCGUACGACGGGCAAAGCAACGUCAGGAUAUUUAUUUUGUACUAAAAGGUUUUUUGUUGUAUAUACAGAAAUUCUUUUGUAACGAUAAAUUUGAGAUGAUUUGUGCAUUGUUGGUCUCCUUAACAGCAGUUAUUGUCUUUCAACAUUUCCACAGGGGAAUGGAGUCUGUGUACUUCGCUUCAGAACUCGCCAUAGAGGUGCUACUGCUGCUGCUUAUACUGCUUAUUAUAGAAGUCGAGCUUCAAGGAUGCAACCAAAUUACCUGUCGGUUCAGUAAUUACAGCGGAAAGGUCUGUAAUGUACAAAUUUAAAGGAAACGUACAACCACAAGGAGUAGUGAUUGGCUCUGGUCAGGAAACGAUAAACGACUCGGUGACAGUGCAAGCUCCAAAUAAAGAAGCUGUCAAACGCGAGAGCAAGAUAGUGCGUCAUGUGAUGGUUGA